AUGACUACUACAGAAAUACCAGUCAUCCCUUGUCCUCGACCUUUCACCGACCAUAUCGCAGGUACUGUUAACGGUGUGGAUCUUCCUCUUAGGGUUUGGCCUGCUGUCAACAAAGAUGGAGAGGUGGAGAGGGGAUUGGGGAAGAGACCGUGGUUGAUGUGGAUCCACGGAGGCGCAUUCAUGUAUGGUAAACACUACGUUCCCAACGCAUGGGUCAUUCCCGCCUGUCGUUCGUUAUCAUACCAUGUCGUUUCAGUAUCAUACCGAUUCGUUCCUCAAGUCUCCCACUACCAUAUCGUCGAUGACAUUAAAAUAGCUUACCAAUGGUGUCGUUCUAAGCUUUCCUCUGUCCUUGCUGAAGAUACAGUCGAUCUAGAAACAUUCGCCGUCGGAGGUGAUUCAGCAGGUGGACACCUGGCUUUAUGGUGCGGUAAUCACUUUUCACCACCUCCUAAGCUCAUUCUGGACGUUUACGGUCUAUCUGCUCCGGAAGAUCCUUUCUAUGCCUUAAAAGUCGAGAAUCUACCUUUACCCAUCCUGGGAACCUCGGAAGAAGACUUAGAGGUAGCGCUCAACGACAGAAGUCCAGAGAAUAUCGUUGUGACCAGUGCCUUUACUCUGGAAUUAGAACCAUUUACGACUGUGGAGAAUCUCAAGAUAGCAUGGGGAGUGGCCUACUCACCGACGAAGAAAGAUAUCGUCAGAGCGGAUCUGAAUGCUUAUACAUUCAAGAAUGGGUUGAAGAUGGGUAAUAUCUUUAGAAUGGAUAAGUUUGCAACGGAAGAGGAAUAUAAGCAAGAAUUGAGGAAGUGGGGAGCGAUGUAUCAUAUUCAAGAAGAUGAACCUUAUCCUUCGGUCUUCAUACUUCACGGUAAAAACGAUACGAUCGUCCCUGUAAACCAAAGUUAUCAACUUGCUGAGAAACUGAGAAAGAUGGAUGUCGAUGUCGGAGAGAAAUACGUUGAUGGGAUGGAUCAUAUCUUCGAGACUUAUCUUGCGGGACCGGAAGAUCCUAUGUGGGAUAUUGCAAUCAUACCGCUUAUCGAGUUUAUGAAGAAACACCUCGGUUAG